GGAUUUAUUGAUCUUUCCGUCAUUGUUACUGCAUUUUUUCUCUCCUUCGCACAUUUGCAAAUAAAAAUGGCCGGCUACGAGGGUCAUGUUAAUAAAAGACAAAGAGUUGACGAUGCACAUUAUGACAGAGAAGACCGACACAACCCUGAACCAUCACCUGUGGUCCAUGUUAGAGGAUUAUCGGAAUAUAUUACCGAGGCAGAUUUGAUGCAGGCUGUGCAGCAUUUUGGAACUGUCAAUUACAUAAUGAUGAUGGGGAAAAGACACCAGGCUCUAGUUGAAUUUGCAGAUAUAUCUGGAGCAAAAAACUGUGUCAACUAUUCCUUAAACAAUCCAAUUUAUGUUGGACAACAAGCAGCAUUUUUCAACUACUCCACCAGUCAAAGAAUUCAAAGGCCAGCACCUGGGUAUAAUGAUCCCAAUUACAUGAUGGGAGAUGAUCCAAAUAGACCACCAAACCAUAUACUAUUGUUCACAGUCCUGAAUCCACAAUAUCCAAUCACUGUGGAUGUUAUGCAGACAAUUUGUUCAGCACAUGGUCAAGUACUGAGAAUAGUCAUCUUCAAGAAGAAUGGUGUACAGGCUAUGAUUGAGUUUGAGAAUGUUGACUGUGCUACACGGGCCAAGCAGGCAUUAAAUGGAGCAGAUAUCUACUCUGGUUGUUGUACUCUCAAGAUUGAGUUUGCCAAUCAAACAAGACUUAAUGUAAUCAGAAAUGACUCUGAAAGUUGGGACUACACAAACCCUAAUCUAGAUAAAAAACAUGGUAUUGAGGAAGCUGUAAAUGGAAAUGAACCAGCAGGAGCAGGACGACCUCUUUUACCAGAUCCUAGAUAUCAAGCAGGUUCAGGACCACCACCACCACAGGGAGGUUAUUCACAAGGCCAAGGAGGGUACCAACAACCUCCAAAUUCAGGAUAUGGACCCCCUCCACCACCACAGGGAGGUGGAUAUGGUGGAGCCCAGGGAGGAUAUGGGCAGAACCAAGGCUACGGAGCACCACAGGGUGGUUAUGGAGCACCUCCAUCAGGAGGCUAUGGUGCACCACCACCAUCGAACAGUUAUGGCGGAGGUGGAGGAGGAGGCUAUGGUGAGGGAGAUGGAUAUGGCGGAGGUUAUAAUUCAGGACCACCCCCCAGAGGAGGUGGUGGAUAUGAUGACAGGUACCCACCAAGAGACGGAGGAUACAGGGAUAGAGGCAGCUAUGAUUCUGGGGAUAGAAGGGGAGGUAGAGGUGGCUACAGAUCAGGUUACAGUGAUGGACCCCCUGGAGCUAGUGGACUCUCCCAGGGAGCAGUAAUUAUGGUGUAUGGAUUAGACAAUGAAAUGAACUGCGAACGACUAUUUAAUCUAUUCUGUCUGUAUGGCAAUGUAGUCAGGAUUAAGUUUUUGAAGAGCAAGGAUAAUGCUGCUAUGGUACAGAUGGGGGAUGCCCUGGCAGUUGAUAGGUGUAUGAACAUGCUUAAUAAUACCUACUUCUUUGGAAACAAACUACAGUUAGGACAUUCUAAACAAGCUUUCCUGAAGGAUGUCGCCCAACCACAUGAUUUACCUGACAACACCACUUCAUUUAAAGAUUUCAUGGGAAGUCGAAACAACAGAUUCUCUAAUCCUGAAGCUGCAAGCAAAAAUCGUAUUGUAGCACCAACUGAAAUGCUUUAUAUGUAUAACAUCCCACCUAACUUUUCUGAAGAGGAAGUCCUUGAGCUGUUUGACAGAAGUGGUGCAAAGAAACCAUCCAAAGUAAAAAUCUUUCCCAGUAAAAGUGAAAGAAGUUGCACUGGUCUAUGUGAAUUUGAGAGUAAAGCCUGGGCUAUCGAGGCUCUGAUUUUGACAAACCAUGUGUCUAUUGAUAAUCCAACUGGCAAGGCACCAUUCAUCUUUAAAUUGUGCUUCUCACCAAACACAAUCUCGGAGGUUGGAGAAAGACGAGAGAGAAUGGAGAGAGUCAGAGGAGGAGGAGAUAGAGGGGAUAGAGAAGAUAGGGAAUGAAUAGGUCAUGUGAUGUGGUCACGUGAUUUGACCAUGUGAUGUCAGACAUUUUGUCUGAUAUAUUGUUGUUUUCAUUGGAAUACCCUGCUACAGUAUAGAUGUGUGUAUGACAUCCAAUUUCACUGAAACAUUUCAUUGGAUAUAUUGAAUAGAUUUUCUUUCAAUUAUUAUGACAAGAAAAUUGUUUUAUCAAGAUCUUUGUUAUUCAUAAAAAAAAAAAUCAUGUGUCAAAUAAUGUAAUAGGUUAAACUAAUUCCCACUGUUGUUUUCAUAUAUGUUACAAUAUAGGCUAUACUUAGAAAAAACUAAUUCCCACUGUUGUUUUCAUAUAUGUUACAAUAUAGGCUAUACUUAGAAAGUAUGUUUUAAGAGGUCUUUAAUAGGAUAAGUUUUAUAUUUUAUUCAUCAUCUUUCAUUUCACAUCACAUUCAUAUAUAUCAUGUAAAAUAAUGAAAUUAGAUAUUAUCAAGUGGGCAACUAAACCUAGGAGAUAUUUUUUUAUUAUUACAUACAAAUGUCAAUGUGGUUGAUGAAAUUUUACUAAUAAUAAGAUCCCGAUUUGAACCAUCCAAUACUUUGAUUGACAUGUUGAGGCCACAAAUGAGAAGAAAAGUCAACUGUUAUGAUGUUUUGUGCUGUACAUCAUUCAUCUCAUUAUUGUAGUCAAAUUAGAAGUACAACCAUGUGUUGGAUUGCAGGAGUCUCAGCAAUCAUGAUACAUUAUUUGUGUUGUUGUUGUACAUUUUUAAUUCAAUCAAGUCAUCAGAACUCAUAUACCAUGCUUAGAAAUACCAUUGAAAGAUCAAUUUAAAAUCUUAUGUCUUAUCACCAUAAGUUUGAGUUCAUUUAUAUAUUGUCAGUGAUUUAGAUAAACAGAUUUAUAAAAGUGUGGAUGGGGGUUUAAAGUAAAGAAAAAAGUCAAAGAUGACAGAAAUGAAGGACCCCCCAUCCAGACCUUUAUGUACUCAAGAGAUCAUUUUGCAAAUAACUAUAGACAGCAGAAUCUCAUUCAACCUUUCAGUUUUGGAGGAGUGUACAACCACUUUUUAAUUGCAUGUGCUGAUACAUAUUGAGAGAGUGAAGUAAUCUCUCAAUGGUAUUUUUAGUCCAGGUGUAAUGUAUAUUUUAACUAAUGGAUUUGUCUGUAGAAUUAAUAUUUCUUAUUGAAAUAAAAAGACAAUUUUGCAUA